CCUCCUCGAGCAACUCCACAAGCACAUGGAGUACAACGUCGAUGACAGCGAUCGGAGUAGCAGUCCGCCGCCCACGCCGACGGACAAGCCGCUGAGGAGCAAACGCAGUCACAACAGGAAGGCAACACCGACCGCUGGUGGACAGGUGGGUGGAAUGCCCGGGGGUCAGCAGCAUCAGAGCCCAGGGAGCACACACCACCAGAGCUUGCUGCACCAGAUGAAUCCCAUGUCUUCUGCGCAGAGCACGCCUGAUCCCAGCCGGCAACCCAACUCCUACUUCAGUGCCAUGGGCGGCGCGACGGCCACUUCGCCACACGGUGUCAACGGAGCCCCCGUACUGCCGCCCCUACAUGCCUUACCGCCGCUUCAGCCCCAGCAACAAGCCCCGCCGCGCGCCGCAUACUUUGACCCAGCGUACGACGAGCAGCGCCCUACCCCAGCGGAGAACGAUGGAGAAGGGGAGAGGCGUCGAGCGUACUCGGGCGCUCAGCAGCCAACUACCGAAUCUGCGCCCCCACAGAAUGGAGAUACGGAGAUGACGGAUGCUGGGUUUACGGCUGUCAACCGGUAGAUUUGGUACGACUAGCUAGGCCGGGUCAUCGUUUCUUUUCUAACUCGAAAUCCUCUGUCUUUUGGCGAUGCCGAAUUCAUUGCGCAAUCAGGAAUUAGCUGGUAGCAAGGCGUUUGGGAUGGAGCGCCUCUAUAGUCUAUAGGGUAAUGGCAUGUAUGAAGUAGCACAUUACAAUGGUUAGACAUGGUGCAAGCCUGUAUUAGUAUUCUCAAGAGGUCAGCACUCCCCAGAAGCCUUCACGGUGUAAUGCCAUGCUUCGACUGUCGAGA